UUAUUCACCUCUAGCCCAAAGAUUUCAACUUAACCCCGGCGCAUCACAAACAGCGCCACAUCCUUCUACUUCUUACAUCGGGUCAGUGUGGAACGUUUCAUCCCGCCACAAGCCUCAAAACCCUUUUCUAGAACCUAGUAUACGAACCGUCUGGCGACUUGCUUGAUGAUGCUUAUGACAUAAGCAAUUCACAUUCGGUGAGACUGGAAUACCCAACAUUCAUGGGGGGCGAAGCGUAUAGUAGAUUUUUGGUAGCUCUAAGAAAUGCUUCCUGGCAAAUCCACCACUACGUCCGGACACCGAGGAGGCUCACGUCGGUCUCAGGUGACUCUCAUCAGGGAUCACCAGGCUUGCAUCCCUCUCACCAGGAUACUCGGCGAUGGGGAUAUCGUCGUUCUUCUUACACCAGUUGUUCCGCCUACUCAGCCAGAUGGCGGCGAUAGCGACCCAUUCGAGCCAUUUGGCCGAGCCCUGGCCGCGAGACACCCGUGGAUUCGACAUGUUCCGUACACAUCUCGGAACGGGAUGACAGGUACGCAUGCUGGUUUCAUCAAGCGAGCUAAAGCCGUUGUCUUUGUCAUCACCGGCCCGCCGAGCGCCGGCCAAUCCUCGCAGGUUGAGAUGGGUUUGAUGGCACGGAUGGUGGGAGAGCAACGACCUCAAAUUAUUGUGGCGUGCCAGAGCGUGCACGACCUUGGUCUUAUGGAAGCAAACUUUCCUACCAUUGUCGAAUUACCUGGGUACACGUCAUCUGACUUGCAAGCUGCGGCUGCUGUUCUUUUUGGUGAGGUUACGGCUACAUCUACAGGUACUACCGGAUUAGAUGUUCAGUCAUUGAUGAUAGAACCGAAAUUCUGGCCCCCGGAAAAUUGGGACGGUCUCAAUGUGGCACCUGUACACGAGCUCUGGAAUCAGUGCCUACCAGAUCAGUUUCACCUAGAGAGAUUCCCCCUACAAUCUUUGCUCCAACGGGAUGGCUACGCUAUGCAUUUCGUUGUGAGACUCCCCGAAAAUCGCGAGGUCGUCGGAUUCUGUGCGACUUAUACUACGUUUGUGGACAAAGAAGGCGAGAGGCUAAUUGGGUCACUGGCUAUGAUCAUCGUUAAGCCAGCGUAUCGGCGGCGGGGAAUCGGACUUAGUCUGUACGAACACUCUCUGAAGCAGCUUAAGAGGAUACGUGGAGUAGAUCGAAUUCAAUUGGGUUCUACGUUCCCCCGCUUGUUGAGCGGGAUACCUGCGGCAUCUGCGUCCGAAGGCUGGUUUCGAAGGCGGGGCUGGCAAAUGAACGGUCAAGCUCCAGGCCGUGGUCAAGACAUAUGUGAUUGGAUCUUGAAGAUCGAUGAUUGGCCCAGUGGUGGCCUCUCGGCACCUUCCGCUGGUCUAUCUUUCCGGCAAGGCACAUUUGACGAUUUUAGUUUAAUCGCGGAUUUUAUAGAAAAGGAGUCAGCCCGCAAAGAUCAUACUGGUUGGUACGACCAAUAUAUGAAUCUAGCGAACGAUGGUCGCAUCAGCGAUAUUGUCCUAGGGUUAGAACAGUCACAGAUUGUUGCUUCUGCACUAAUAUAUACACCGAAUGAAGCCAGCUCAUUGGCUCAAGACCUUCCUUGGGCGCGAACGAUUGGAUCUGACGUGGGGGGUGUGGCGUGCGUUUGCGUUGCAGGUUAGUGGCAGCUCGAGUCAUCGGGAUCAUUUGGAGAUUUUAAACUGACUUGGAGUUAAGAUGGAAAUCCUGCUAUGACAACUAGCAAAGACACUGUUAUGAUUAGGUUACUCGACGCUUGUGUUACCAUACUUAAAGAGCAAGGAAUGAGACGAGUAUUCCUCGAUGCGGUGAAAGGCGGUUACGAAGGCUUUCAAUCGAUGGGUAGGCUCUAAGACCCCGACUAUACGGAUAUAAUGAGUCUCAAUAUUAACAU